CCCAGCAAUGCCAUGUAGAAGAUCAAAUAUCUCUCGCAACCGCUGUAUACCAGGAGAGUGCAGUUUCCGUUUCCGUCCAUUCGCCAAGCUCUCUCAAUAUGAAGAACCAGAGACUCUCCGCUCAAUUGCUACUCUCGGCCGUCGCCUUCUUCGUCUUCUUCUUCACAAUCCUAAGCCUUCAUCAUGCUAAAGGAAGGGAACCCAUCUCAGGAAUCACAAAAAGUCAUGAUCUUUCCAACCAAACUCAUCGAUGGAGACACACCCAGAUGAGGAAAUCUCGAGAGACCCGUGUCGAGUUCAAGUCACCAGCGGUGCUAGCAGGUGCCUUGUGCUUCAUAGCAUCUGCUAUUUCCAGCGCGGGUGGGAUUGGUGGAGGUGGGCUUUUCAUACCGAUUCUUGCUAUAGUCGCCGGCCUUGAGCUCAAGAUGGCCUCGAGCUUCUCCGCUUUCAUGGUCACUGGUGUGUCGCUUGCGAAUGUUGUCUGCAGUUUGAUCAUCAAGAACCCCAAGUUUGGUGGCAGGUGCUUGAUCGACUAUGAUAUUGCACUCCUCUCAGUGCCAUGCAUGCUGUUGGGAGUCGGUGUAGGGGUCAUGUGCCAUGUUAUCUUCCCUGAGUGGUUCAUCACGAUACUAUUUGCAGUCUUUCUUGCUUGGUCUACCUUUAAGACCUGCAAAAAAGGGGUCUCGUAUUGGAAACUGGAGUCAGAGGAAGGGGGAGAGAGAGUCCACUUGGAAAAUGGGUUUGCGAGAGAGGGGGGUUUUGAUGGGUCAGAGGAAGCCAAAAUUGCAAAAGAACCUCUUUUGCGUGCUGCAUCAAAACGUCAAGAAACGUAUCCGUGGAUGAAAUUGGUGGUUUUGGUUCUGGUCUGGUUUUCAUUCUUCUUCGUGUAUAUACUUCGUGGAAACCGACAUGGACAGAGUAUCAUCCCAAUUGAGCCCUGUGGUCCAGGAUAUUGGAUACUCUCAUCUGUUCAGAUUCCACUAGCGGUGGCCUUUACUUCAUGGAUUCUUUUCAGGAAAGAAAGCCUUCAGCAUCAAGUUUCAAGCCAGCAGGACAUUGAUGAUCAGAACAGAGACGGACCAGCCAACAGGCUUAUUUUUCCGGUAAUGGCACUGUUAGCUGGACUUCUGGGCGGAUUUUUCGGAAUAGGCGGUGGAAUGCUUAUAAGUCCACUCCUCCUGCAAGUGGGAAUAGUUCCUGAGGUCACAGCAGCAACUUGCUCGUUCAUGGUUUUCUUCUCGUCCACCAUGUCGGCACUCCAGUAUAUCCUAUUGGGGAUGGAGCACACAGAGGUCGCCCUGAUAUUUUCCUUUAUCUGCUUCGUCGCGUCACUUCUGGGAAUAAUCGUGGUUCAGAGAGCCAUAAGAGAAUAUGGGAGGGCCUCGCUGAUCGUGUUCUCUGUCAGCACUGUGAUGGCUUUGAGCACGGUUCUCAUCACCGGGUUCGGAGCUGUCAAGGUCUGGAAAGACUACAUUUCAGGCAAGUAUAUGGGAUUCAAAUCUCCCUGUUGACGGUGCUAGCGCAUGGAAUUUUCGCUAAGCGCGCAUGCUGUAAAAGUUAGAAACAAUGCGUUUCUCUUCAACCAAUAUGGAAUAGGUAGAGUUAGCCAUUUGUGGGAUGAGUCCAACAUGUUUGAACAUGUCUCUCUACAGGAGAUCGUUCCAAUAGAUUAGUUUCAUGAUGUCAUGUAUUUUCUCGUGUAAAGAUGGGAGUGGAAGGGCCUUGCAUGGAGACUUCUUGACCUGGACAGAUGACCCUUUGUGAAAUCUUGUAAGAUAAGUAUGAUAAUCUUUGCCAUGA